GCUGGCCUCAAACUCAAGAGGUCCUCCGGCCUCUGCCUGGCUUUGUCUUUUAAGACAAGGUCUCACUCUGUAUCCCAGGAUGACCAGGAAUUGGCCCCCGCAAUCCUCCUGCCUCCGCCUCUGAGUGAAGCAACUACAAGCAGGAGCCACUGCCCGGUGGUAGGUUAGCUGUAACUCAAAUCCUCGGUUUGGGCGCAAGGGUGACCUCCUAGGGAUGAGGAUGCGGAACAAGCGGUCCAGGAGGGGUGUCUACGGGAAUCCCCCACGAGGCCCCCGCCAUCCUUCCCGCUUGGCCCGGCUCUCACGGUGGCAGCUCCGUCCUGCCCGACGCCCCCGAGACCUGGCGGGCGCCCCGAGUCUCUCACCCCCGCGCCUUUCUCGCCCCCGCCAGCCCACCUCACACCCCUGCAGCCCGGGGUUCUAGCAGACGGCCAACCUCCUUCGCGACGGGAGGUCCAGAGGCCGCAGAGCCUUGCGCAUGCGCAAGACCGGCGCCCCCCCCAUCAAAGGGACGGGGCGGAGCCUCUUGUCCCGGAAGCCGGACCGUGCCAUUGCGUCCGCGCAGUUCCGCCCUCUCUCCUGACUGCCAAUCGGAGCUCAGGCCCCGCCCCUGGAGACUCGGGCCCCGCCCCUGGAGACGCGCCGCAGCGAAGGCCUCUCCCACUAGCCGAGUGUACAGCAAGGCGGCCCCCUUGGUCGCGGCCCCGCGGCCGCCAUGAAGCUAACGCGAAAAAUGGUCCUGUCCCGAGCCAAAGCUUCGGAGCUGCACAGCGUGCGGAAGCUCAACUGCUGGGGCAGCCAGCUCACUGAUAUUUCCAUAUGUCGGGAGAUGCCCAGCCUGGAAGUGAUCACACUCAGUGUCAACAGUGUCUCCACCCUGGAACCUGUACGUGGCUGCCGACGCCUGAGUGAGCUGUACCUGAGGAGGAACCGUAUCCCCAGCCUGGACGAACUGUUCUACCUAAAGGACCUACCACACCUCAGGGUGCUAUGGUUGGCCGAGAACCCGUGCUGCGGCACCAGCCCGCACCUUUACCGCAUGACUGUGCUGCGCAACCUACCCCACCUGCAGAAGCUAGACAACCAAGCUGUGACGGAGGAAGAGCUUACCCGUGCACUGAUGGAGGGAGAUGAGAUCACUGCCGCCCCAGACAGAAAGGACGCAGGCAAUGGCUGUCCCAAGCCUUCCUACACCCUCAACUCUAUCAACUCUACAACUGAGACCAGCCAGGGCCUGCUGAGCUACACAGAGGAAACAGACAGAGUCCAGGGCCAGACUGCUGGAGACCAAUCUCCUUCCUUCUCACAAAGGAAGACUGUGAGGAGUCACAAGAAUAGGAACAUCCUGACUGCCAUCUUGCUGCUGCUGCGGGAGCUGGACACAGAGGGGCUAGAGACUGUUCAGCAGACUGUGGGCAGCCAGCUACAGGCGCUGCACAGGCUGGAACCCCAGGAGGAUAUGGAGUGACUUAUAUGCCUAGUACCCUGUUAUAUCCUGUGGAAACAGCUCCACCUGGAAAGCCUCCCUCUGGGUUCCCAGCACCAGACCAGUGCAGGAGCAGUGGCUGACAGCUGACCAGACCCCUCUCUUGUGCCUAGGGCUGGCAGAGGCGCUGCCCACAUGCAUGGUCCCUGAGACUGACCAGCUGAGGCCUUGAGUAUCUGGGCACUGCCUGACCCUUCUUCAAGGGAGGAUUGUACAAGCCAUACCCUCCAAUAAAGCACUUUGUUUGGGCCAGAA